AUGGAUCCUACCACGAUCGUCAAGGCAGCCAAUCCGUGGGUGCCACGUGGACGCGUGGUGGAUGAAAAGCAGAAAGUGCUGCGAACCGUACAAGGGUACGUACGGCCGUUAAAUUGUACCCGUUAUAGGCUGGUGCGAACAAUGGACAUCAACCCGUCCCCCUUGCCCGAUUCCCACUUACCCUCCGUCCCUGCACCCACUCCUUCCCCCUUCUUCGUUUCCCUCUGCAGCAUUCGCAACAAGCUCACGCCUGAGAGCAUUCUCAACAAGCUCACACCUGAGAUGUUCGAACCGCUCUUCCAGCAGCUCCUGACUGCCGGCAUCAACACACCUGAGAUCCUCCAGGAGGUAAUUUCAUUGAUUUUCACCAAGGCAGUAGACGAACCCACCUUCUGCCCAAUGUACGCUGCCCUUUGCGAAAAACUUUCGCGAGCGCUGCCCGAGUUUCCGCCGUCCAAUGGGGCAGGGGGGGAGGAAGGGGAGCCUAUUUCAUUUCGCCGUGUGCUGCUGGGCACGUGUCAGGAGGAGUUUGAACGCGCUGCUAAGCAGAGACUGCAGGCUGGCGAGUUGCUGGAGUCGCUACAGGAAGGAAGCGUGGAAGGGGACGAGGGAGGAGACGAGGGAGGAGAGGAGGGAGGAGAGGAGGGAGGGGAAGAGGAGGGGGGAGAGGAGGAGGGGGGAGAAAGGGAGACGGGAGAAGGGGACGGGGGAGAAGGGGAGGGGGUAGAAGGGGAAGGAGUAGAUGAGGUGGGAGAAGGGGAAGGAGCAAAGACAAAGAGAAGAAGAAGGAGAAGGAGAAAAGGAAAGGGAGAGAGGGGAGAUGCAGUGAGAGAAGGGGAGGGAGAUGAGGAGGGUGGGAGAGAGGGAGAGAAAGAUACAAAUGAGGAUGAUGAAAGGGAGAAGUGGGAGAAGGAGCAAGAGAGGGAGAAAGGGAAAGAGGAGGAGAAGGAGCAGCGGAAAGCCAAGGCUCGGACAUUGGGAAACAUUCGGCUGAUAGGGGAGCUGUUUCUUCAGAGACUGAUUCCCGAGAAGGUGGUUCACUCGUGUGUGCAGGUGAGUGGUCCGAUUCUAUGUGCGCUGGUGUGCAAGUGCAUGACCUUUUGGGUAAUCCUUCAUCCGUCCCCCCGCCCUCAACUGUCCCCCCGCCCUCAACUGUCCCCCCGCCCUCAACUGUCCCCCCGCCCUCAUCUGUCCCCCCACCCUCAACUGUCCCCCCGCCCUCAUCUGUCCCCCCGCCCUCAUCUGUCCCCCCGCCCUCAUCUGUCCCCCUGCCCUCAUCUGUCCCCCCGCCCUCACCUGUCCCCCCGCCCUCCCACGCACCACUCGUUACCCUCCUUUAGUUCCCUCCUCCCCGUUCCCUCCCUCAGGAACUGCUGGGCGAUCCUACAUCUGUCCCCCCGCCCUCCCACGUGGAAGCAGUGUGUGUGCUGCUCACGAUAA